GAGAGUGAGCGAGAUAUGAAAAGAGAGAUUCGCAUCAGUUCGUAUAAACGUGACGAUCGGAUCAGCGGCAGGUCGGGUAUCUUGGCUGUAUCGACCCAAUCUUACGUCAACCACUCUUCUCGUUCUUCACGUGUUACCGGAAGCAUUUGUUCGAGCAUCAUGUCCAGCGAAUUUCUUGGAAAGCGUUACAAGCUCUCUAGUAGCGAAAACUUUGAUGAUUUCAUGAAGGCACUCGGCGUGGGUAUGGUGACGCGGAAAAUGGGCGCUACUGUCAGUCCUGUCGUCGAGUUGACGGAGAAAGAUGGAGUGUACACUCUGAAGACGACUAGUACUUUUAAAAGCACGGAAAUCAAAUUCAAACUCGGCGAGGAGUUCGACGAAGAGACCGUGGACGGCAGAAAAGUGAAGAGUACUUGCACUUUGGAAGGUAACAAACUCAUUCAGGUGCAGAAAGGCGAGAAGGAUACUACGAUCGAAAGGGAGUUCACACCUACGGAGAUGACAGCGAUCAUGAAAGUUGAUGACAUCGUUUGCACAAGGGUAUACAAACUCCAGGAAUAAGUCAGUUUAAAAACUGAGACGCGUGCACAACCAUGUAUGGUUAUGCAAUAUGCUUUUAGAAGCAAAAGAUGUAAAAGUUAUUGUUUAAAAUCUUGUCGUUGGAGCACAAUAAGAUACGUUUAUUCUGGUGUGCGCGUAUUGGAUCGCAUAUAUAAACCACUUAAAAACUCGUGUUGAAAUAUAAUUGAAAUUACGCACAAUAUGUUCUUUUCCUACAAAGUUAGAAUUUACAUAUUUAAUAUAUGCAUGUGAUUAUAAAAUGAAUAUAGUAAAUAAUAAUUAAAACGUUAGUCGCUUACGUUGUGCACAUUUUCCAAUGUAUUUACGUAUUACGUAUUACACGAUGAAAUAUUAUCGGUGAAUUAUGUUCCAUAAAGCAGUAUAACUGCCUUACCUAUUGUAUGAAUAUGAAUAAAGUUUUUUUUCUACAAAUAA